AUGCAUGAGCAAGGCAUUGUGGCAGGGGGCACACCUGAUGAAAAUGAAAUAUAUGACGAAGUUCUGAAGAGGAAAUUAAAAAUACACCAUAACCGCAGACUUUCUGAUGAGGAGAUAAAAGAACUCUUUGCACUCCUUGCAACGAAGGAUGAUAAAAUCAAGCACAGUCUUUUGGAAGGCUAUGAAUUAGCGGCGUCAAAUCCAGAAAAAAUACAUGUGUUAGAUGCAAUGAAUCUUGCAAUUUCAGCAUGGACUAUCGACGUUCGUACAACUAGACUAGCAAACUGCUUUCGUCAUUGUAAACUUCGAUCAACAAAUAACAGAAGUUUAUACAAUCUGGUUGAACAUACAAACAGUGAAAUCACUCAAGACUUGCAAAAUUUGAUCGAGAAGUUAGGCUAUCGCAAUUCAAUGAAUGGCAAAGAUGUCCUAAAUUAUCCGGAAGAAAAUGAAGUUACACAGUUGUUGACUGAUGAAGAAAUAAUCGAGAACGUUAUGGGAACCGAUAAAGAUGUGGAAAAAGAGGAUGAAAGUUCUACAAUAGAGCCCCCUUCACGAAACGAGGCUAUUAAAGCGGCAAUCACAUUUGAAUAA